AUGUCAUCGCCCCAGACGACACCCAUACCGCAGGCCUCAACCAAGUUUGGCCUCGAUAAUUCCAUCUACCUCGAUGACAACAAGAGUUUCCGGAGACACGUCUUAGAACGAGUCAAAGAGGUGUCCGUUUCGCAAGACAUAUUGUUAUUUCUGCUCGCAUUCAGGAUUCUUAACGCGUUGAGUAUCAAGACCUUCUUUCAACCUGACGAAUUUUUCCAAUCGCUCGAGCCGGCAUGGGAGAUAGCGUUUGGAGCUGAGAGCGGAGCAUGGAUCACCUGGGAGUGGAGGCAUCACCUUCGUUCUGCGAUUCAUCCUGCAAUCUUUGCCGCCGUGUAUAGGCUGUCGUCAGGCCUCUCCUGGGUCCUGCAUCUGUCUCCCACAUACCGCGCCGACCUUCUAGUAGCCGCGCCAAAAGUAACCCAGGCCAUCUUCGCUGCGCUGGGGGAUUACUACACGUGGAAACUUGGGGAAUGUGUCUACGGAUCAGGCAGUAAUGAAGCAUGGGCGGCUCUCGCCCUCACGGUUUGCAGUCCAUGGCAAUGGUUCUGCUCGACGCGCACGCUUUCCAAUUGCCUCGAAACAACCAUGACGGUUGUUGCGCUGAAUUUCUGGCCUUGGCAGUGGUCGAUGGACGCAGAAGAAGACGAUGAGAUUGAUAAUGACGGUCUGCGCAUAAACGAGAAGCAAAGCGAUGUUGACGAGAAGGCAAAGUUGGUGACCGAUUUCUGGGAUCGCAAGCAAAAUCCUGACUCGAAAAAUAGACUUCGUCGCUGUCUGUUGCUUGCUGCUUUGGCUUGUAUACUACGACCAACCAACAUUCUGAUUUGGAUAUGCUUUGCUACCUUCGCGCUAUUGCGUAUCACGACGCAUGGAAAAAUGCUGUCGUUACCUUGGGAGGGUACGCAGAUAUGGGUCCACAUCUCCUCUCUGUCUUUUCUCCCUGCUACUAAGCAGGAGCGCAUGGUCUUACUGACAGAGGCCUGUCUUUGCGGGUAA